ACAGCAGUCACAUGGCAAGGUCAAAGUAUACUUAGAGGAGUGAGGUUUUUUACACCAGCGCUGUGAGCAAGGCGAGCAUUUGAAAGUGUUCCGCUGUCACUUCACACUAUCAGUGACCCGCCAUGAGUCUCAGAGUCUUCAGCUCCGUGCUUCUGACAGAGAAGCCGACGACAGGCAAAGGGAAGGACAAAGCUGGCAUUCAGUGUGUGGAGUGCUGCUGCAAGAGCCUCUACAUAGGGGGGAAGGACAGUGUGGUCCAUCAGUUAAACCUGCCGGCCAUGGGGGCCGCCGCCGCAGCCACUCCAAACGUCCGGGAGGUCAACCGCAGACAGAUGGGCAGGGGUGGCGCCGUCGUUCAGCUGAGGGCUAUCCCUGUCCUCAACCACCUGCUUGUGCUCUGGGAUGGUUCCGUCACCGCCCUGAACAUGUUCUCCUUAGAACCCGUCCCGCCACUGAAGAAGCUCCAGAACGUGUCCUGCAUGGAGGUUAGCGCCUCUGCUUCCCCCACCCAGCCAGUGUAUGUGGAGCUCCUCACGGCCUCCGUGAAGAGGAGGUGCGUAAGCCUCCACAGGGUGUAUGUGAAUAAGUGGGAGUGCCUGAAGCAGCUGCCCCUGUUGCAGGAGCCCAUGGCUUUGGCAGUGAGGGAACCCUGUGUGUGUGUGGCCACAGCUGACAGGUACAUGUUGCACGAUUAUGAGAGUGGAAACACGCUCGACCUGUUCCAGCACAACCUGAGCAAGCCCAACCUGAUCGUAAAACAGGCGGGGGAAAGGGAGUUCCUUCUGAAUGGACCUGGAUCACUGGGCAUGUUUGUGAUGUCAGAUGGCAUCUCCCAGCGUCCACCGGUGCCGUGGCCUGAGGGCGUCCUGGACGCAGCCGUGUGCUUCCCUUACACCCUGGCCCUGCAGAGUCAAGCAGUGCACGUCUACAGCAUGCUGGACCAGAAGCUGAAGCAGGUCAUCCCCAUACCGAAGGCAGGAGCACUGACCUCGACCACAGAGGGUGUGUUUGUCAUUGCCGAGAGAGACAUUUACUGCCUGCGUCCCAGUGCCCUUGGGGAUCAGAUAGAAGCCCUGGUGGCUGAAGAGGAGAUGGACCAGGCUUUGGUUCUGCUGGAGGGAGUUAAAGAUCUCCUGCCACAGGACACAUACAAGGACCUACGGAAGAACAUUUCCUGCAUGUUGGGAUUAAUGCACUUCAACCAAGAGUGCUUCAGAGAGGCCAAAGAACUCCUAAUAGAAAGUCACCUGGACCCGCGGGAAGUCAUCCAUCUGUACCCAGAGGUGAACAGCGCCUGUGGCGACUUCGACACCCAGCUGCCGUCCAUCAGUAACAGCAGAGACUUGCGAACCCUGAGCAGGGAGGACCAGGCCUCGUACCAGCGCUUCCUCCACUUCCUGGGCGACUUCCUGCGAGCGGUCAGAGGGACGGCUCAGGCCGUGGCCUGCCGGUCGGACGUGGACUCCGCACUGUUGAAAGUGUAUCUGCAGUCAGAGGAGACUGAGAGGCUCCUUCAGCUGGUGUGUGCUCUCAAUGACUGCCAUCUUGACCUGUGUGCCUCAGCGCUGAAGCAGCACAAAAGAUUUUUUGCCCUUGGACUACUCUACCAGAGUCACGGUCAACAUUUCAAUGCGAUCCAGACGUGGGUGUGGAUAGCUGAAGGGCGGUACGAUGACAGCUCUGCGACCAAUGUGUACGAUCACAUCCUGAGCACACUCAGACGGCUGAACGACAGAGACACCUUCUGGAAGUUUGCAGACUGGGUUUUGCAGAGAGAUCAGGAGGCUGGAGUACAGAUCUUCAUACAGGACACUGAGGGCUCCAUUCCUCCCUUUCACUCAGACGAGGUCAUCUGUUUUUUACAAAAGUAUCCCGUGUCUUUGCUGACAUAUCUGGAAUAUUUAGUCGGAGAAUUAAAAAGCAAGGAGGAGAGGCAUCACACCCUCCUGGCCCUGGCAUAUGUCGCCCAGAUUCUUCAGCAGGGCUCCGGAGAGGCUGUCGAAUCCGCUGGCGAAAGCGUCAGACGGAAGCUGCAGCAGCUUCUGUGGCAGUCGACUCAAUGUGAUGCUGGCGCUCUGCACGAUAAAAUUUCAUGCACGAGCUUACACACGGAGAAAGCGAUCCUGCUUGGGAAGGCUGGGGAGCAUAAGAAGGCCCUUCAGAUCUUAGUCCACAAAGAGAAAGACAGGCAGGCAGCAGUGGAUUACUGCUGGAGGACCUCUGCUGGUCGAGAGCGGGACUUCAGGCAGAGGCUCUUCCUCUCACUGCUUCAAAUCUACCUGGACUCCACACCAGCAGUGGGAGCUGCUGCAGACCUGCUGAACAACCACGCCGCCGCGUUCGAUGCGAUGGUCGUGCUGCAGGUGCUGCCAGGCAGCUGGUCAGCGCAGCUGGUGAUGCGCUUCUUGCGGGAAGCGUUAAGGGACGCCUUUCACCAGAGGAGGAUGAAGGAGGUGGAGAGGGCCUUGGCCAGGGCAGAGCAGCACAGGCUCAUAUACACACGGACUAAGACCUCAAACACGAUGAUAAAACUGGAGAGCAGCACCAUGUGCCAUGUCUGCCAGCGUCUCCUCACACGGCCCGAGUUUGUCUUCACACCAACGGGCGAACUCGCCCACCUCCACUGCACAACAGGAGGCAAAAGUGCCCAGACAUUAUAGUACCCAUUUAGCAAAGCCAGAGUCCCAACCAAACACUACAAAGUACAAAUCUGAACCUGAAAAUGCCUACAUCUCCUUUAGACUUCAGUCCACACAUUUACUUCUUUCGGUAAAUAACUGCAUAAUUAGAGCAACUUUAUGGGACUGGGAAUCAUACAUCACAAGGCGCUGCACUGCUAAACUGUGUGUCGGGUACAGUGCAUGUCCCCAGGGGUUUAUGGCGGCCGCCUCUUAACCGUGCGCUCGUAAGUCCUUUUUGUGGCCACAUGCUGACGUCAGCACAGGAGGGCACCCGUUGCCACGCCGCACAUCUCCUUCGGUUCGUUUGAAGCCAAUUACAGCUUAGCUCUGAUACUUUGUGUCACAAGCAGCACAAAAGCGAGAAGGUUGCAGGGGCAACUUUACAGGCAACUAGACGGUCUGAAGGUGUGUGAGAGUGGCUGUGUGCAUUCUGGGCAUGUUUUCUAAUGUUUGCCUGUCAGGCAGGGACACCUGAACUGGGCCUGGACCCGCUCCAGAAAUGCUGACUGUGGUCCGACAGAUGCGCCGGUCAGACUCCCACAGGACACACUCCGGAGGACAUUUCAGCCUCACCGCAGUCUAGCCCGACAGGAAGACCCUAGCUAUUUUAUACCCACGCAUGUUACUAGUGCAAGUCAUGUGCCCGUCUCCAUCAGGUGUCCGAAAAUAAACGAAAGACAAAAUCCUUUUCAGCCCCCUCACAGGCCUAAUUUGCCUUGUGGCGGCCCCAAAACAUACAUCCCAGGGCACUAUAUGACACUGUGAAUAUUCUGCUUGCAUUAAAAUACACUCAAAAAUACCACAGAAGUGGAGCUUGACUGCUUUUGGAGGGUGAUAUAUAUUCCAUAGACCAUAGCAUGUCAAAAACCACUUCCCAUGAAUGAGAUAUAUUGUUAUAGUGGGCAACCGCAUGGGCCGUAGUCGGAGGAAUCAGAGGCUACUUUUUUACAUGUUAACCUCAAAGGUUCAGGCUGUGGGCCCAAGGACGUCCUUCUGACCUGGCGUGUCUGUCUUCCAAUACCCUAAAAGGUUUCACUGCCUGUAUAUAUAUAUACAGUAUAUUCAUUAAUUCCACAAAAAAACCCAGUCUUCUGACACAUAAAUGCAUAUACCGUUUAAUUCAAAUGAUAGUGUUCGAAAAGUAAUAAUAUGUAAACAAAUAUAGCAAUAUGUGGAAACUUGUUCUAAGUAAGCAUAAACAUAUAGUAUUGUGCCAGAUGGAGAAGGAAAAUGGCCCAGAUUUAUGAAUCGAAGCUCUUUUGACUUAAUGCUAACCGUAGGCACGCAUGCUUUUUUUCUCUUCAUCUGUCCAACUGGACUUUUAAAAGGAGGAGCGUACAUAUAAAUUGCUGCCUGGGCUAAAAGCUGCCAUUGCGAAGGGUUGUGUGUGAGAGGGAGUUUGUAAACACAUGAAUGCAUGCGCGUGGGACGUACCUUGUGUUUUUCUCUUGCACGUCCAUGACCGCCUUUGGCCCUGAAGGAACCUGAUCCAUUACUGUUUGGGUUAAGUCCGACUUAACUGGACUGAGAGUUCUUAUUGACCCCUCAUAACUCUGAUUAUGUUUAACAUUAUGAUGGCCAUUUGUGUGAUUAAAGUUUCAAAUGACAAAAAAAAAAAA